AUGAAGGAGGUAAAUGGCUCAAAACUUGUAUACUUAGACAAUGCUGCAACCUCUCAGAAACCCAUUGCUGUCUUGAAGGCUUUGCAGAAAUAUUAUGAAGCCUACAAUUCAAACGUCCAUCGUGGCAUUCAUUUCUUGAGUGCAAAAGCAACGGAUGAGUAUGGAUCUGCAAGGAUAAAAGUGGCUUCUUUCAUCAAUGCAUCUGAUUCUAGAGAGAUUGUUUUUACCAGAAAUGCUACUGAAGCUAUUAACCUAGUAGCUUUCUCUUGGGGACUUUCAAAUCUAAAACCUGGAGAUGAGGUAAUACUUACAAUUGCCGAACAUCAUAGUGCUAUUGUUCCUUGGCAAUUUGUAGCCCAGAAGACUGGUGUGAUCCUAAAGUUUGUGAGCUUGACUGAAAAUGAAGUUCCUCAUACUGAGCAGUUAAGGGAGAUGCUUUCAACCAAGACAAAAUUACUGGUUGUUCAUCAUGUCUCAAACAUGCUUGGUAGACCUACCCUUCUCUCUUGGAUAGUUUUUGUAUCAACCAUUCCCCAUGCCUUUUUAUCAUACCAUGUCUGGCACGUCAGGAGGAAUGUGAUGCCAGGCAAUUCUUUAGUAGUGUUAAUGUUAACAUAG